AUGGCCCCCCAGGGCCAUCUCAGAAGCGGCGGCGUUCCUCGGGGCCCUCCCAAAGGUGGCGGAGGGUCUCUAACAGAUGCCCUCCGGGGGCAACGUUCCCAUGGGCCCUCCCAUUUGCCCUACCAGGUGCGGCGCCCUAAGGGGCCCUCGCAGGAACGUCGGCGCACCCAGUGGCCGUCCCAGGGGCGGCGACGCCCCCAAGGACCCUCCCUAGGAAGCGGCGGCGUUCCUCGGGGCCCUCCCAAAGGUGGCGGAGGGUCUCUAACAGAUGCCCUCCGGGGGCAACGCUCCCAUGGGCCCUCCCAUUUGCCCUACCAGGUGCGGCGCCCUAAGGGGCCCUCGCAGGAACGUCGGCGCACCCAGUGGCCGUCCCAGGGGCGGCGACGCCCCCAAGGACCCUCCCUAGGGGCAGCGCUCCCUGGGGGCCUCCCAUUUGCCCUGACAGGUGCGGCGCUUCCAGGGGCAUUCCCAGGGGCAACGGCGCACCCAGUGCCAGUAGCGCCCCCGGAGCCCUCUCAGGGACAACGGCGCUCUGAGGGGCCCUGCCAGGGGAUGUGGAGUCCCAGGAGCCCUGGGAGGGUCGUUGAUGCCCUCCGGGGGCAACGUUCCCAUGGGCCCUCCCAUUUGCCCUACCAGGUGCGGCGCCCUAAGGGGCCCUCGCAGGAACGUCGGCGCACCCAGUGGCCGUCCCAGGGGCGGCGACGCCCCCAAGGACCCUCCCUAGGGGCAGCGCUCCCUGGGGGCCUCCCAUUUGCCCUGACAGGUGCGGCGCUUCCAGGGGCAUUCCCAGGGGCAACGGCGCACCCAGUGCCAGUAGCGCCCCCGGAGCCCUCUCAGGGACAACGGCGCUCUGAGGGGCCCUGCCAGGGGAUGUGGAGUCCCAGGAGCCCUGGGAGGGUCGUUGAUGCCCUCCGGGGGCAACGUUCCCAUGGGCCCUCCCAUUUGCCCUACCAGGUGCGGCGCCCUAAGGGGCCCUCGCAGGAACGUCGGCGCACCCAGUGGCCGUCCCAGGGGCGGCGACGCCCCCAAGGACCCUCCCUAGG